UCAGUUGUGUCCAAUCACAGCUGAUCACUGAUCAUCAGGGCACUGAUGAUCAGUGUGCCUGAUGAUCUGUGUAGCCCCAGUAGUGCCACCUGUUAGUGUCCAUCAGUGCCAGCUGUCAGUGCUCAUCAUUGCCACCUGCCAUUGCCCAUCAGUGCCACAUCAAUGCCACAUAUCAGUGCCUACCAGUUCACAUCAAUGCCACAUGUCAGUGCCCAUCUGAGCUGCCUUUCAGUGUUACCUAGCAGUGCCAGUCAGUGCCACCUAUCAAUGCCAGUCAGUGCUACCUAUCAGUGCUGCCAAUCAGUGCCAGUCAGUGUCGCCUAUCAGUGCCGCCUUUCAGUGCGCAUCAGUGACACCUAUCAGUGCCCGUCACUGCUGCCUAUC